AUGGCGUAUUAUGGGCAGCGCUCCGAACUCGCCGGACUGGAGGAGCAGUUCACCGAACCUGCGGGGCCCGCCCUCGGCGAACGGGUCCGAAAGACGGCUCCGUCCCGCCGAACCUUACCGCGGAUCAAUCUACCGCAGUUUAGCGGCAAGUUCGAGGACUGGCCAGCCUACCGAGAUCUGUUCAGCUCCAUGGUCCUAGGAGACGCGUCCUUGACGAAGAUUGAACAGCUGCAUUACCUGAAAACCAGCGUAAAGGGUGAUGCUGAACAGCUGAUUCGCAACCUGCCUUCUACUGAAGAAAACUUGGAGGAUGCGUGGGAAUUAUUGACUACGUAUUUCGAAAAUAAACGUUUACUGGUCAGAUCCUACCUGACAGCCUUCACUUCGCUGCCGCGAUUGAAGGCCCCGUCAGCUGAUGGACUACGCCGACUGUUCCACGGCGUACUCACGACAGUCGGUGCACUGAAGGGCAUCGGGCGCCCGAUCUCCGACUGCACAGAUCUAUUCGUCCACCUGGUCGUCGAGCUACUGGACGCUGAAACUCGUCGUGAGUGGGAGAGCUCCCUCGGAAGGUCGUCGGAGCCUCCGUCCUACGACAAGCUCCGGGAGUUCCUCCAGGAACAACUGAUGACCUGGGAGGUCCUCCAGUCAGUAAAGACCGUAGCGCCUGCCAAGCCAACGGAGAAGUCCAGCCGCUCCUCUCGCAGCAGCCAUGUGGGUACCAGGGGGCCUGAUCCGAACCGCAGCUGUCCACUCUGCAAAAAAGAUCACUUUAUUGCUUAUUGCCGGCAUCACACGACGUUGCACGACGCCUUUGCGGCUGUGGCCUUACCUGCGACUGCAUCCUCAUCUUCAACGGCGACGGUCCACGUCGCGAGGCGACCACCGCGGGAGUGUGGACCGGCGCUUCUGGCAACUGCCCGUGUAUUCGUGGCCGACCGCGUGGGUACACGGCAUGCGGUCCGCGCGCUGAUCGACCCGGGCUCAGAAACCUCGCUGAUAGCGGAAUCCUUGGCGCAGCGACUUCGGCUCCCGCGGACCCCAUCGUCAGUGGCCAUUUUUGGAGUGGGAGGCAUCCAGACGGGCGUCACUCACGGACGGAUCACCGCCACCGUUUCCUCUCGCGAUGGACACUUUGCGCUCGCCGUCUCGCCGCUUGUAUUCCCACGCCUCACGGUGUACGGCGGAACCUCGGAAGGCGAGGCCCGUUCCUGGCCUCACCUCGACGGUCUCGAGCUUGCAGACCCGGAGUUUCACCGCCGGGAUGCUGUGGAGUUGCUGCUUGGCGCCGAUGUCUAUCUGGACCUCGCUCUGCCGGAGGGCUUUCGCCGAGGAGGACCACGCGAGCCCGGUGCUCUGUUGACUCGCUUUGGCUGGGUGCUGCUGGGCGUCGUUGGAGCCGGUCACGUCGCGGCUCCCGUGUCGUCUCUACAAUGCUCCACGGGGGACGACCUAGUAGCUCUCGUGCGCCGCUUCUGGGAGACCGAAGAGCCUCCUCGUGCCGCCUUGCCGCUGACCGCUGACAAACAGGAGUGCGAGGACCAUUUUGUGCGCACCCACGUGCAACUUGAAGACGGUCGCUAUCAGGUGCGACUCCCGUUCCGUCCGGGGCUGCCGGAUCUCAGCUCCACGCGCCGCGCCGCGUCACGGCUCCUCGACGUCAUGAGGCGUCGGUUCAUUCAAGAUCGCGAAUUCGGUCUACUGUAUCGCGACUUCAUGAACGAGUACCUGACACUCGGACACAUGUCGCCUGUCUCAGCCGCGUCGCUCUCGCCAGGUGCCAGCAUCUGCUUCCUGCCUCACCACGGGGUGCUACGGAGCUCAAGCACGACCUCCAAGAUCCGGGUGGUGUUUAACGGCUCGGCGCGUACUGGCGGCGGGUCGUCACUGAACAACUGGCUGCUCACCGGACGUAACUUGCUGCCGUCGCUAGCCGACACCUUGACUCGCUGGCGGCGACACCGCUAUGUCUUUGUCGCCGACAUCAAGAUGAUGUAUCGUCAGAUACAGCUGCACCGCGACGACCGGGACUUGCAGCGGAUCCUGUGGACAGAGGGAGAUGAGGUCAAGGAAUUCCAGCUGAAUACCGUGACGUACGGCCUAGCAAGCGCACCGUACCUCGCCAUCCGCGUGCUCCAUCAACUCGCGAACGACGAGGUUUCCGCUGGGCGUCGAUGUACUGCGCCAGGAUGUCUACAUGGACGAUGUACGCUCAAUGAUGCCGCCAGGCUCGAGUCGUCCUUGAUGUGUGCCGCGCCGUCCUUUGAAGAUGGCCGCCGCUGCGACGCAAGUCUGUAUUGCGUCAGGAUACCGACGGACUAUUUCUACGCCCUGGAUACGGAUUCACACCCGAUGGAGAAUCGACGUGGGAAACGGAUACGUAGUUUCAACGUACCUUUAUCGCAUCUUGCGAUUUUGCCUUCGUUAGUCAUUUGCGCUGGAGUUCUGGUGACUGUCGUUCCUGAGGUGAUGGGAUCUCUCUGA